AUGGUGGUUACACGGCGAUUCGUGACUGGAUCUGGAUUAGGAUCAGAAGAGGGCAGUCAGGAGGCACCGACGGCGCCCGAGACUAUCGGUAAGAUGAGGCCAGAUGAGAUGGAUGGCAAGAUCUGGGAGAUCCUGCAUGAUGAGGUUGCCGCUAUGUUCCGGGCUCAGUUUCCAGAGAUGUUUGGGUCUAUCAAGACCGCAAUGGUGGAUUAUUUCGAUGAUCGCUAUGCAGCCCUCGCUGAGGCGGCUGCUGCAACAGCUUUAGCAGCUGUAUCAACGCAUGAUGAACGAGCACCGAUUCAUCAACAACCCAAACCAAAACGAAAAACAGGAGGUUGGGCUCCAGCGUUUCUUCUUCUUGCAAAUCAAGCCCUUGCAACAUUUGCAUUCUUCGGAGUUGGAGUCAACAUGGUGUUGUUCUUGACCAGAGUCAUCGGUCAAGGCAAUGCAGAUGCAGCAAAUAGCGUUAGCAAAUGGACAGGCACUGUUUAUCUGUGCUCCCUUCUCGGAGCUUUCCUAAGUGACUCUUACUGGGGUCGAUAUCUCACUUGUGCAAUCUUUCAACUCAUCUUAGUCAUGGGAUUGGUGCUAUUAUCGUUAACAUCAUGGCUAUUUCUAGUGAUACCUUCGGGAUGUGGAGAUGGAGUGAACCAUUGUUUUCCAACUUCAACUAAAGGAACAAUGAUGUUUUACUUAUCGAUUUACAUGGUUGCAUUAGGAUAUGGUGGGCACCAGCCAACAUUAGCCACCCUUGGUUCGGACCAGUUCGAUGAAUCAGACCCAAAACAUAAAGAAAAAGGCACGAAAGGUGCUUUCUUUGCUUACUUCUAUGCUGCACUCAACAUCGGAUCAUUGUUUUCGAACUCUAUUCUGGUGUACUAUGAAGAUAUUGGUCAUUGGACAACUGGUUUUUGGGUGUCUAUGGCAGCUUCGGUGGUGGCGCUGUUAUUGUUUUUGUGUGGUUCGUUUCAUUAUCGGUAUGUUAAGGCGUCUGGAAAUCCCUUGCCACGUGUUGGACAAGUAUUCGUUGCAGCUUGUAGGAAAUGGAAGGUUCGUGUUGAUGAUGAGAAGCAAUUGUAUGAAGUUGAAGGGUUGGAAUCGGCUAUCAAAGGGAGUCGAAAGAUUCUCCAUAGCGAGGAGUUCAAAUGUCUAGAUAAGGCAGCGGUGAUAACAGAGUACGAUUUAAUGGGGGCACAAAAUGAUUGGAGAUUAUGUACGGUGACACAAGUCGAAGAAGCAAAAUGUGUUAUAAGAAUGUUACCAAUUUGGCUAUGUACGAUUAUAUACUCAGUCAUUUUCACUCAAAUGGCAUCUCUAUUUGUGGAGCAAGGUGCCGCCAUGAACUCCUACAUUGGAAAGUUCCAUUUUCCUGCUGCGAGCAUGUCGAUAUUCGACAUUGUCAGUGUGCUCGUAUGCACACUGAUCUAUCGUACAGUAUUAGUCCCCCUAGUCGGGAGACUAAGUGGAAACCCUAAAGGUCUAACUGAGCUACAACGAAUGGGAAUAGGGUUAAUCAUUGGUCUUUUAGCAAUGAUUGCAGCCGGAGUCACGGAGGUGGAAAGGCUAAAACGGUCAAUUCCCGAGAAACAUACGAGCUCGAUGAGCAUAUUUUGGCAAGUGCCACAAUAUGUGCUUGUUGGUGCUUCUGAGGUUUUUAUGUAUGUUGGACAAUUGGAGUUUUUUAACAGCCAAGCUCCUGAUGGGAUCAAAAGUUUUGGAAGUUCACUUUGUAUGGCUUCGAUUUCGCUUGGAAAUUACGUUAGUAGCCUUUUGGUGCAUAUGGUGAUGAGUAUUACUGCGAGGGGUGAUAAAGUUGGGUGGAUUCCGGAGGAUUUAAAUGAUGGUCAUAUGGAUCGGUUUUAUUUCCUUAUUGCGAUCUUGACUGUAUUUGAUUUGGUGCUCUAUGUUUAUUGUGCUAGGAAGUACAAGUGCAUUAGUGUCGAGGAAAAUGGUAAUCAGCCCAAGAAGGAAGAAGCGUAAAUCGUUUAG